AUGUCAUGGAGUGGAGACGGUUCUGCUUGGCAUUACUGGCGUGGCGCACCAACCGCGUGGACGCAAGCAGCAACAGGCGGAUUACAAUGCGGCUCCCUGGAGAUCUUCGGCAUCUCUCACGGGGCAAGGGAACAAGAGCAAGGACAAGACGGGGCUUUACCUGCGUUCGAUCAGACAAAGCCAGCGUCGGACCAGCGUGUAAUCAUGGAAAUGUCGAGCAGCAGUGCCAGCGGAGUAGAUCCACUGAUCUCGCAAUUACAGCGAGCAGUAAACAUGGAGAAGAAGGCCGAAAAGAGGGUCCAGGCCAUAGAGAAGGAGCAACUGGAGAAGAAGCAGCAGUGGUCUUCAUGGCAGGCGCAACUCAAACAGAGUUACGCCAAAGAAAAAACGCGGUUCCUUGCCUCGAUGGAAAGGCUGGCCAGGGACCUUUGCCGUGGCUACAGCGGAGCAGUCGCAAGCCAGGACUUGGAGUUCGCUGCGCUGAUUCACUCAGCGGAUCUCCAGAUGGAGGAGCGCGACGACAUGGAGGCGGUGAUUCAGCGAGCAAAGCAGGCUGCUUUGCAGGAGCAGCGUGGGACAAGGGAGGACUUUGUCUCGACGCCUUUGGAUUCAGCCAAGAAGGAAGAUCGAUGUGGGCAAGGCCUUGCGGCCCUUGGUCUUGGUCAGGAGGCCCAUACGGACGG